AUGGUCUACAACAUCACCGAGAAAGAGACCCAGCCGACGAUCUACAGCCACAUCAACGGCUCCCCAUCCGAGAUCAACGACCGAUACUGCGUCUCGGAACUGUGCAAAGGCUGGCCGGUCUAUCGGGACGCUUCCGAAUGGAACCACUACCGCCACCUGUUCGCCAAGGAGGGCGCCUUCGUCUUCACCACAUGGAGCGGCGGCCUCUCGAUCGACGACUUCAUCCAAACCUCGAUCAAAGGCCGCGCCAACGGCGACUUCAUCAUGCACCGCGAGAACGGCACCCUCGUCGACCUCAACCCGUCCACCCAGCGCGCCGUCGGUAAGAUGAAGGCCACGAUCACGCAGCGCUUCAGCUGGGACGGGGUGGCCUUCGACGUCGAGUGCGACUGCCGCUUCAUCAACUUCUGUCUCAAAGAGGAGGGCGAGUGGAAGGUCGUGUAUAUCAAGCUGUUCUACGAGAAGGACCGCGUGGUGCCCGUCGACGGACGCACUGUCCCGCAGUUCGACCGCACGGAGCUGCUCAAGUAUCCCCCCGGCUACCAGUAUCUGGCUGUCGCGCAGUCGCGGCUGGGCCAUCCGAUUCUGAACGAUCUGCCCACCUUGGAUAAUCGGGCGUUCUUCGAUUUGUACGCCGCCAUGGAUGCCUGGUUGGAGGGCCGGCCGGUGGGGGAUCUAUUGCAGAUUCCGAAGGAGGCGGUGCCGCGGUAUUGA